AUGAAUUAUCAGCAGGCGCCCAAAUGCCACUAUGGCCUCACCGUCUUUGAGGAUGUGGCCAUUUAUUUCAGCCCAGGGGAGUGGGCGCUCCUUGACUCUGCCCAGCGCACCUUGUACAGGGAUGUUGUUCAGGAAACCUACAAGAACGUCGCUUCAGUCGUUCUUGCUGUUAGCAAGCCUGAGGUUGUGUCUCUGCUGGAACAUGGGGAAGAGCCCUGUGUGCCGGACCCAUCUGGAACAGAACCGCACAAAAACUUGUGUACAGGAGAAGUCUGGGCGAGUGAGAUGGAGAAUAGGGAUUCUCAUGUUCCAAGCACAUUCCAACAUUCCAUGCAACUAGAAGCCGGUUGGACACCAUCAGAAAGAGCCAGUAAUCAUUUCUGGUGGCGUCAUGACCAAGAAGAUAUUUCUGAGGGUCAUCAAAAAGCAGAAACACAGGAAGAAACCCAUAUCCAGGGAACACCAGAAGAAUCUGCUUCCUAUCCAGAAGGUGAUGAGGAACUUGAAAAAAGAACAAUCCAGAGGAGAAUUUGCAAAGGCUGGAAAGAAAAGGCUUGCACCUCAUGUGGUAAGAUCUUCUGCCGGAUAUCUCAACUCAUUGUCCACCAGAGAACCCACAUGGGGGAGAAACCGUAUCCCUGUUCGGUCUGUAGCAAAAGCUUUACCUGCAGCUCAGACCUCGCUGUCCGUGGGCGAAUCCACACAGGGGAGAGGCCCUACAAAUGCUCUGCCUGUGGGAAAACUUUCAGCCAGAUUUCGAGCCUCACGGUCCAUGAAAGGACCCACACAAGGGAGAACAUACAAAUGCACUGA